UGUAGAGCGUGCUUAUCACGACUGUGCAUAAGCAGAUAAAACUAUGUGUGUGUGUGUGUGUGUGUGUGUAUUUGAGGACAUUCCGGCGUAUGGCGCCUCUCAUGUGACGUAGGGACUUGACACACGCAACUACCACAAGUAAAGCAGCACGUCAGUCAGACCUUUACCGACCGUCUGUGUCACCAAAACCCUGGCCCUCUAACUGGCAGAGUUGUUGAAAGUGUUUCCCGGGUACGAUUUCGGAUGCGAAGUAGUUGGUGCGAUCUUUGAUUGGAAGUGCACACUCUUGGAAUAGUCUUUGGUAACUUGCGGAGAAUUGUUCAAGGAUGGAUAGGGUACAAGCGUUUCGGCGUGGCUCCAUGCCUAAUGGGAGACGCCCCUCGGUUAUGUGGACGCUCGGCAGCCAACGACAGGCUGACUCAGAGAAAGGGGGCGGGCCUGGAGGCGGAGACGCGGAGGGAGGCGGAGCUAAGAAGGAGGAGAAGGCGGGGAGUGACCUGCAGGAGAUAGGACUGUUGUACGGGGGAUCUCUCGUCAUGAACGCCAUUAUUGGUCCUGGUAUAUUCGGCACCCCCAAAGGCGUGUUGGCGGGUGUCGGCUCUGUGGGGAUGUGCAUGGUCAUGUGGACUCUGGCUGGGAUGUUCAGUAUGUGUGGUCCUGGUAUAUUCGGCACCCCCAAAGGCGUGUUGGCGGGUGUCGGCUCUGUGGGGAUGUGCAUGGUCAUGUGGACUCUGGCUGGGAUGUUCAGUAUGUGUGCUGCCCUGUGUUUCGCCGAGCUCCGAGAGUCUGUGAGGCGCGAGGGCGUGGAGUACGCCUACAUCACAGAGGCGUUCGGCCCCCUCGCCGGCUUUGUGUACUCUUCCAUCAGGAUAGCCGCUGCAGAGCCCGUGUCUACAGCUGUCUUCGCCCUGGCGUUCGCGGACUACGUCAGUGAUUCCAUCUAUGACGACUGUGGCCCUCCCAGACCUGUGGUCAUCGUCAUUGCAACACUGACCACCUUGUCCAUGGCUCUCGUCAACCUGAUGUCCAGGAAGCUGUCCGAACGUCUCCAGAUGUUGUCAUCUGUGGGCAAGACCUGCGCUCUCGCUGUCGUCAUCAUUAUGGGCAUCAAGAGGAUGAUCGAUGGAGAACUGGACGUGAUCAAUGAAGGAAUGACGGGUACUAAGUUCUCGGCUUCACAGUUCGGCUUCGCCCUCUACAACGGCCUUUGGGCAUAUGGAGGAUGUGUGUGAUCGCCACAGUAGCCAUCUGUGUUGGCACAGGCCAGUCACUGCUGAGGUUCUAUGUGUUCUGUGUGUGGCUGUUCCACGGCAUGUCAGUGGUGGCGCUGUUGGUGCUCAGAUUCAAGAACAAGCACAAAAAGCGACCUUAUAAGGUUGACCUGUGGAUCCCCGUGGUGGUUGUGGUGGGUGUGUUGUUCGUGCUCCUGGCCCCGUUCCUCGAGUCACCUCAGCCUGUGUUUAUCGCCGCCCUCAUCCUCAUAGGUCUGUCACUGCUGUGUUACUACCCCAUCACUAUAGUCAAGGAGAAGUCGAUUGUCAACAUACCUGACAACAUUACCAUUUGGCUCCAACUUCUCCUGAGAAUUGCUCCAAAACGGGAUCUACGACGCGAACGCCGCUCCAUGAUGAGACGCAUGAGUAUGCUGGCAAGGGAGAGUAUUCUCAUCACUCCCAACGUGCAGACGCCGGAAAUGAUGCGUCGGUUCUCAAGGCGCAUGUCCCGACUGUCCCGCGCCGACGGUGGUUCUCCCGCCCUGAUACGCCGUAUGGGAGAUGAGGAGCCACAUCUCAGGAGAAGGGUCAACCGAGGCAGCUCAUUGGCGGAGGCGGACAUGAAGAGGGGGAGAUCUAACUCACUGUGGCAUAUCACUGAGUCCAAGCCCUCCCCGGCCCUGAUCCGGAAGAAACCACAAAGGAACAGCCGCUCUUUCGGCCACGCCGACGUGGCACACCUCCCCUCUCCUCCCUCUCUUCCAAUUCUCAAAAAUCGUUUCAACACCACGCCAAUAGCACCGAGUGAGGCGGAGCCUGGCGCUCUAGCCCCGCCCACUGCCACGCUCCACCCCCCGCAUCACCCCGUCCGGCCCACCCCUAGCCCUAUCCCCGAGGAGUCUUCCAGCGCCCCUGCCUCUCCCAUUGACGCGAAUGUCCCGCCAAAACUGCCGAAGACGAAAGGGGCUGAUGAUGACUCUAACUCUAACCUGGAAGUUGUCGCCGACUUCGAGAGUGACGGGGGCGGGGAGUAUGAAGUCCUGGCUCACGCCGGUGGCGUCAGACGGAUGGCGUUCCCCCCGGAUGGCGCCCUGAUGUCUGAUAGGACCGACUCGUCUUCCUCAGAAUCCGGAUCAGAGACAGAAUCUGAGGACAGUAACAAGCUCAGACAUUCUAUCUUCGCCACUCUCUUUGCACCAAACAGUUCCACUUCCACCUCCGAGUCAGACUCCUCAAUGGAUGAGGAGGGGGAGGUCGAUGAGGAGGGGGAGAUGGAAGAACAUGCUCACCCCAGUUUCUACUACAGCGACGGGGAGCUCAGUUCCGACCUAAGUGAUAACGACGAGGGAGAUCAUAAUAACCAAGGUCACGUCAAUAACGGUUUUGUGUUACACGUAGAGGACGAUGAAGGAAAACCACCAAAGGCUAACCCACACGACACAGAAGCUUAACCCUUUUAAUGCAAGGCAAACCGGCCGUGUAACCCCACCACUGAGCAUAACACAGUCUUGGGUCACUCAAAGAAGGGUUAAAUCUUUCUUGAAAGCAUAAUAUGUGGUCUUUGAUCCGAGAUAUGGCGCUGGCUUCAUGUUAAUUCGAGUGGAGAACAAUGAACGGACACAAUAUGGCGCUCCACAGAGCUGAUUUCUGGUCUGAUUUCUGGCAAUGUAAAAUUUACUUUCUGGUAAUUUUAUUGAUGUAAAUACGUAUGAUAUUGCAAGGGGUCCAACGUUUCUUUGAACAUUCUUUAAGGGCAUUAUACCGAUUUAUAAGGCAAAAAGCUUUAAACUAAAUGGUCCCUCGUGGAUAAGACUUUGUCAAGUAGACGAAGGAAAUCCCCAAGGAAAAAAAAUUAAAAACACUUAGGGGACCAUGGAUCAUCAGCAUGACAGUCAACCAUGAUCUAAACUGGUCUAACAGGUCGCCUCCGUGUACUUAAGUGCAUAUAUGAUCACAUGCGAGCGCGCGCACACACAAUCACACGCAACACAUAAUCACAUUUAAAGAGAUGUAGAAGACCGUAUUCACAGCAAAAGUGAACAUAGCAAACUGGUGGGAGGGUGUAACAUAUUAUGGAAUUUCUAAUAUCUAACAAAUCUGUUAUUAAAUGUAGAUGCUUUACGCCCCUAUCGACACAAUUUAGAUCAUUCAGGAGGCGGGCUUCCCAGCUUGUCUGCCAAGGCCAACCCGGAAUGAGAGGGAUACAACAUCCCAGGAGAAAGACCAAGACACUCGAUAAAAAUGUUCUCCCCUUUCGGGAAUUGAACUCGCGUCUUCUGUGUGCGACAGCAAACCCCUAUCCCCUACACCACAACAACCGUACAAAUAUCUUUAAAACUCUCAUAUUUCCUUAAUAUGCAUUAAUAUUGUGCCCUGUAUAUGUCCAUUUAAUUACCAUGGUAUGUUAGUGAUGAGGUAGGGAGAAUGUAUGAGUGAGAGAGUGAGAAUGUGUUACUUUGACUGACAUGAUACCAUGAAUGUAUAUUUUGUGUCGCAGAAGCGGCCGAAAGCACAUUAUUAAUUUCUUCCUGUGGAGGAACAAUACAGUAUGUCUUUCCCUAUCUUAGCAAAGAAAUUUUAAACAUGUAUAGAGUAACUGUGAACGAAUAAUCAGGCGGUGUCCCGACCAAUACGUGGAAUAAUGCUACUGCACACAUUUAUUUUGACAAGAAAACUAUUAGAUGUGUGGGGGUGAAUCUCGGCAUUUUGGGUGGGUCAUAAUUUAUAUCUUACGGUUACUUUCUAGCUUUUAUAUCUCU